AUUUGAUUUUUAAAAAUGAUAUUAGAGGCCAUCGCUGCGUUCAGUGACGCAUAUUUUGGUCCUGGGCGAGGWAGAAUAUGGCUGGAUGAUGUACACUGUCUGGGACACGAGGCCGAUAUCAGCCAAUGCGCUCAUCAUGGCUGGGGGUCCAAUAACUGUAGACAUAGUGAAGAUGCUGGUGUYAAGUGCCGACCAGUAAAUACUCCAAAACCUGCCUUGCCUGUCCGAUUGGUCAACGGUCGAAACCAGCGCGAGGGUCGAGUUGAAGUCUUCCACGYUGGUCAAUGGGGUACCAUCUGUGAUGAUCUGUGGGACAAAGCAGACGCUGAUGUCGUUUGUCGUAUGCUCGGAUACCCCGAGGCUAUUGUAGCUACGCACCGCGCAACGUUUGGACAAGGAACUGRGAGGAUUUGGAUGGAUAAUGUGCAAUGUCAGGGAAAUGAAUGGAGUUUAGAGGAAUGUACGCGACUGAACUGGGGUAACAAUAACUGUCAGCACUCAGAGGAUGCCGGGGUUAUAUGUCGACCUGUACCAUACGCGACAACAAUACCACCGAUUGUAACCACUUCUUCUGCUCCCGUACAAGGCUUCGCCAUUGUCUGUCUCCCGCAUUCAAUGCACAUCAGAAUCUCCAGAAAGCAGCUCGCCAAAAUGACGUCACUAAAACUGAACCCAGGGCUACUCCACUUGAACGACCSUUCGUGUGGUGCUUCUAAAGUCAGCGAUACGCAUGUCACAUUCAGCACACCGCUGGACGCCUGUGGCACUGUACGCAGACGAGAUGGCGACUCAUUAACAUUUACAAACAAAGUUUACAGCCAGUUUUUACCAGAAUCUUUCAAAAGGGUGUUCCGACCUCCGCCUCUAACGUUUCCUUUCAAAUGCUCUUAUUCAAGGAUCACACCACGUGACCAUAUAUACGCACCUCCAAAUGCGCAUGCGUAUAAACACAUCGAACAGUGGUGAAGUCUUGAUUCGUAAUUAAUGUAGAUUUAUGGCGAUUUAUUUAUGUAGAUUUUUUGAUAAUUUUAAAACAAUUAUAUACUCUUAUACUAAAUUUUUUAAUAUCAUUAUGCCAAAAUUAAAGAAUUAGAGUGCAAACGAUUAAUCCGU